AUGGCUACGUUUCGGCGGUUUCGCCCAGACGAUGUGAACAAGUUUUCCAAGUGCAACCUCGACCCUUUCACGGAAACAUACGAACUUAACUUUUACCUUCAAUAUCACGCAAAAUGGCCAUCACUUUUCCAAGUGUGCGAGGAUAUGGAUGGGAAUAUCGUCGGAUAUAUCAUGGGCAAGGUUGAAUCCUCACCAGAUGCCUACAAAUUCUCCGAGCAUUAUCUGCCGUGGCAUGCUCACAUAACAGCACUCACUGUUGCCCCAGAGGCACGCAGAUCCGGCAUUGCCAAGAUCUUGACAGAUCAGUUAGAGGUCGCAGCUGAUGCCGAGAAUGCUUGGUUUGUGGACUUGUUUGUGCGGAGCAGCAAUCACAAUGCUAUUGCACUCUACAAGAAUUUGGGAUAUAGUGUAUUUCGCGUUGUCAAGGACUAUUACGGCGAUCACGCCACAGAUCCCACCAAAUCCAGUGAGGACGCUUUUGAUAUGCGCAAGCCCAUGAAGCGAGACAAGGAUCAUCAGCAUAUUCGAGAUGACGGGGAGAACCAUUUUGUCAACCCUGAGGACGUCUGGUAA